CUUUCUUCUCAUCUUCAGAAAAACCUACAACCUUGAAAACGAAAUGAAGCUGUUAAGGCUUCCACUACACUUGUUAUCGAUCUUCCAUAUUCUUGCAAUAGCGUCUCCACUCCUGUCAUAUACGCACGCCCACCCGUUUGCGUUUUCACAGGGGCAGGAGCACUCAGAGAAGAGUGAAAUACAGUUUCUAUUACAGUCCCCUGACACCCAACAGAUUCCCCUCGGUGCUCGCCAGUCACAUUCCAAGAAUGAUAUAUUCGCAGGUCAAAAACUGCCCGAUCAAAAACUUACUCUUCGACAUCUAUUACAUCAUGGAGGCCAUCGAUAUCCAAAGCUUUUUCGCAGGAUGGACCUUCAACCAGCAGAUGUUGCCUUAGCAGAACAGCUGACGGGUGAAUCACUUGCUUUCCAACUCAAAGUCACUGCAUCAAGCACACUCAAGCCUCGUGAUCAAACCUAUCGAAGCCAGGGCUUUCGCUCCCCAGGAUCUAGUAUAGGACCAGGAUCAUGGACAAAGGAGAUUAUUGCCGCACCAGACGUCACCGACAAGGAGACUAUAAUCCAGCUGGGAAUGAUGAAUUAUAAUUCGUAUACAGAGGUUGCCAGUCCCGGAUGGUAUGAUCUGGGAGGUCACUGGAGUGUUAACUCGACUUUUGGAUGGGAAGAGGAUGGUCUUCGCGGACAUGUGUUCGUCUCUGCAGACAACUCGACUCUUAUCAUUGCCAUCAAAGGCACUAGCGCUGCUUUACUUGGAGGAGGAGGAGGCACCUCGGCACGUGAUAAAAUAAAUGACAAUCUGUUGUUUUCGUGUUGUUGCGCUAAAGUGGACCGAACAUGGAGGCCAGUGUGUGAUUGUAAUACUGGAGGUUAUCAGUGCGAUCAACGAUGUGUUGAGAAUAGCGUCAGUAGUGACGAUGUUUAUUACAACAUUGCCAUGCUAUUACUAUGGACAGUUCAGGAUGAGUAUCCAGAAGCGAAUGUUUGGUUGACUGGACACAGUCUAGGAGGAGGUUUGGCAGCCCUUCUUGGACUGACUUUUGCUGUUCCAACAGUGACGUUUGAGGCACCGGGUGACCGGCUAGCUGCCCAAAGGCUGCAUUUGCCCAUGCCUCCUGCUAUCGACUGGGAUGAUCUUCCGCUUUAUCAUGUAGGCCACACGGCAGACCCAAUCUUCUUGGGUGUCUGCAAUGGUCCUUCCAGUGCUUGCUAUUAUUCAGGAUUUGCAAUGGAAAGCAAAUGCCACACUGGGAGGAUGUGUGUAUAUGAUCCUGUUAAAGAAGACAACUGGAAGGUAGAUAUUCGCACUCACAGAUUAUUUGACACAAUCGAAGGUGUACUCAAGCUCAAAGAUGUUCCACCUUGCAAGGUUGAAAAAAAAUGUGUAGAUUGCGAGAUGUGGUCGUACACAUAGAGAAGUUAUGCGAAUCAGUGUAAUGAUCAUAACGGAAUAGCCCAACAAACCUCAAUAAAUCCCGAAC